AAACCCUAAAAUUUAUAAUGAAAAUUAACAGUUUCCCCCCAAUUUCACCUUUCUCUUUCCCAUUUCUCAGGUUUUCCUCUGUUGCCGGAAAAUGAAAUGGGAUAUGGAGAUCGAAGAAAUCGAAGCAGUUCUCGAGAAAAUUUGGGACUUGCAUGACAAGCUCAGCGACGCCAUUCACUCCAUCACUCGAGCUCACUUCCUCGACUCCAUUAAGAGCCUGAGGAAAUCGGACAAAAAGAAGCAGUUCGGCGAUGCCGCCGGUGACGAAAAUCGGGCCGGGUUCGUGUUCGUUAAGGAAUUUAAGGCCGAGGAAAGUGACUCCGCCAUUCAGGAGGCGAAGAGUCUCAAUGCAAUCAGGACUGCUCUCGAGAAUCUUGAAGACCAGCUCGAUUUUUUGCAUACUGUACAAAUACAGCAGCGAGCAGAGAGAGAUGCUGCCAUUGCACGAUUAGAACAAAGCAGGAUUAUUCUUGCCAUGAGAUUGGCUGAACACCAUGGUAAGAAUUACAAAGUCAUUGAAGAAGCUUUAGCUUUUGUGGGAGAUGUAGACACUGGUCGAUUUGUUUCACCUGAAAACCUUUAUGGUGCUCCAGUAAGUCCAUCUGGUGCCAAUAAACAUGAGGGGAAGGCAUCCGACUUACUGAUCAAAGUUCUAUUCUCUAGUUUCGACUUUGCAAAGAGAUCUUUGAAUUUCAAACAUAUGGGUGGAAUUCUGAACAAUGCAGCUUUGUUUGCUGUUAGCAUGAUUGUGAUGCUGCAUCUGCAUCCUGUUGCUCAUAAGGAGCCUUCAAAAAAGCCAAAAGAUAAUAUCAAAAGCAUCAUAAGUCCAAGGAAAACUUAUCAACUCAAUGUUCCUUCAUCCCAUGGUCGUUUAAGCCACCUGGAUGUUCAGUUUGGCCGAGGUUGAGGCAAUAUAUGAAAAUUUGUUCUACUUAGCAAUCAAAUGAUGGGAGGCCAUGCUGUUUGCCUUAUUGAAAGAAAGUUUGCUUUCUUUCCUUCCCACGACGUUGCAACAUUCUGGGUGAGCAGGUUAUCAUUUUUAGACCUAUUCAAGUUGUUGGGACUGACGUUGAAGUUGGACGCUAAAUCUGGCUAUUGGAAUUCUGACUGAUGCAGUGAUAAUGGUAGUUGAUGGAAAUGCUAGAGACGCUAAUUCAUUGUUUACAUCCCUACCUUUAACUGAUAUUAUUGUAUUUGGCCAAUAACUUGAAGUUAAUAUAUCGUGUAGGAUGCA